CAAGACAAUUGCGGCCGCCAAUGGACAAGUAUCACCCUCGCAUCUUGUCUUGUUGAUGCCACCGGCCCUCGACAGGCUCCUCGCAAGCCCGUCGGCCUUGCGACUUCUGCGAUCCAUUGUCAAUGCCUCGGAAUUCCCUGCCACUUGCUCAACAGCCACCAAAUGCUGCUCUGUCCCUCACCACCGCAACUAUUCCAACAAUAUCACAUAUCUGACAGGUCCUCUCGCACACCCAAAAUGGAAACGCAUGAAAGAGGCAGCCUUGGAAGCAGCGCUCCGAAAGUCUGUCCGCGAAGCCCUCCAAAAUGACGAUGCCAAUGACGCAGUCAAACCGACAAUCGACAUAUUUAAGAAUCAUGCCGUACCUUUGACCACGCGGGAGGACGAUCCUACACAGCUCGCUAUCGUUCUUGCAUAUGAAGAGAGAGUUAACGGGGCAGAAGGCGUCCGGAAUGUCUGGCGAAGCAUUCGUCACCAUAGCUAUUCACUACCCACCGAGGAUACGCCAGACGCCGAGUUUCUAUGGGGAACUUUCAUAAAGCAUCACCAGGUCGUAAAGAAGGCUGUGGAGCAUGCAGGAGAAUUACUUUGCAAGACGGGCAAGACGUUCCCCCGUUUAUACAGCCUAGUCAUGAGCCAUUGGCUUCCUAGGGAACCCAGGGCAGCGUUGAAAUAUCACCAUGCGCUGGUGAAGAGCCUGAACCUCAAGAAACUCCCCUUGUGCGAAUUGGCGCGUUCAGGUCGCCUUACCUUCAAGAAUGAUGCAUACGAAAUCUUGAGGGAGAUAUAUGAGCACAGCAACGAACGGAACCUCUAUAACGAAGUGGUACCAGCCUUGAUAGACAAACGUGCCAUCGCAAUAGCACGCCAUUGGCAUAUGACUUGCACUGAGCGCGAUGACAUGCCGUCAGAGAGUGUCGCAUUGCACCCCGUUGUUCGCCUCUUUACUGUCGAAGCAGUAGCUCGCAAAGUACAAGUCGAUGUGACAGGGACGAGGAAGGUUCUGCACAGUGAAAAAAUCAAGUACAGUGAGAAACUUAUGCGCCGCUUGUCAGGCCCUGAUACUGCACCCGUUCGAUUUGAAGACUCAUUCGUUGCCCGCAUGUUCGCAACGCGGACCUUCCCGCCGGCUUCCGUCAUACACGGGCUUUCCAUGGUGGGAGUGAACGAAAUUGGACCGCUGGCUGUACUCACAAUGGCUAGACAGACGCAGCCCAUAGAAGAGCUCCAAAGCAGAUUCGAAGAGCUUAGGGCUGCUGGUAUCGCUUUACAAGGCUGCGUCUUUUCACUAGCUUUGGAGAAGUUUGUUUCGGAGCAGAAGUGGGAGCUGGUGGGUAGCAUAGUUGAAAGUGACCAGCAUCCAGAUGUGUUUGGCGAUGCUGAGGUGCAGCGGACACUGCUCGACUUCUACCUUGAACAGGGCGAUCGAUUGCAAGCUCAGCGUACCCUGGCUAUCCUGACUCUCUUUCACAACGAUCCAAGUCAAGAGUCCUGGAAUUUGCUUCUGCAGACUUGCAUCACACGUACUGGACCGGAGCAUGUUAUGGCAGUACUUCAAGACAUGCGGGCUAAGAAUAUCAUAUUAACACCGGAGUCAAUCAUGGCGAUCAAAGCCUUACUGCGUCGACGAAGCAGAGGGCAUAGACCUGUUGCUUCCUCUCAAAAGACGUAUGACGACCUCCGCUUCGUAACACGUACCUUUAUGAUGAUCCUUGAGAUGGGAAUGGGAGCCAUCUCUCCGCUCCACUGGCGCGAGAUCAUUCGCCGAUUUGGCAUGGAGGGCAGGUUGAGAGAGCUACGGCGUCUUCUUCUCUGGCUUCUCUGCUGGUACGCGCCCAGGAGCCACCUCCAAUUCGCGACAUUACCCAAGUCGCCUUUUCUGGAACCAGCGACUGCAAAGCUACGUGCUUUUCACCCAGAGCCUAACCGCUACUUCAACUUUCCCGUUACGGUCACACAACGGCAGAACCAAUUUCAUCCAGUCAGACAAAUCUUCCAGCCCUCGCUCAUCCAGGGACUUGUCAGAUGGGGAUUCAAAGCCGGAUUACUCCCCAACGCCACCCUGGAACAAAACAUAAUCAACUCCAGAUUCGCAAAGAAACACUACCGCCGCCGCUUGCUCGAAAACCAUCUCAUCGGACGUCUGGGCUGGAGUAUCGGCCUUCAAACCGUAGUCCAACUGCGCGAUCUCGGCGUAUACGUGCACUACCAUACCGUUCUCAAAGUCCUACAAGAACAAUUCGUAAUCAUGUUCGGUCGGGGUCAUUCACGCAUCAAAGAGAAUAGGAUCAUGGAGCGCGUCAAUACCCGCCCUUACGCCCAGUACAUCCGCGAAGUCAACAGAAUCUGGGGUAGUCCGCUCUUUCGAGAACCACAGCUCUUCGCGUCGGGAAUGGUGCAUCACCAUAUGUGGCAUCCGCGUAUGCGAAGGAAGAUCAAUCGCAGGGCUUCUAUCAAUCUUGUCGACAUACUAGGUCCGGAUUGGCGGGAGCGGCAUAGCGAGUGGCAGGCGAUGACGCCCGAGAGCGCUGUGAAAGGCGAUGUUACAGAGUCUUUAGAUCAUUUGAAACGCUCUUUUGCGGUGCAGGCUAAAGCUCUGGAUCGGAAUCCGGAAUCUAUUCAUCGUUCAACGGGAAAGGCUAUGGAUGACUUGGAUGAAGUUGAGAUGGGUGAUAGAAAAAGUGUACGCGUUACGAAGGUUACGAGAUGAUGCUCAUCCACCGUAUAGCUAUAUGGAUAGUUAGAAUCGACUUACUUUAACCACCUGCGCAUCUUAUAUAGUGUUUUCAUAUCGUUGUGCCCCAUCCUUCCAUAUAAUACUCCAGAAAUACUCUUGUUUACCUGAUACCACUCAACCCCCCCUCUUCGUACACAAGUAAU